CGGACCGCCGGAGCGAGCGGGAAGCGCAGCAGGCGUGCAUCCUCUUCCGCCCCGGCCCGGAAGGGUGAUGUGGCUGGACCAGCACCGGCCUCACUAUGUCUGCCAUCUUCAAUUUUCAGAGUCUGUUGACUGUAAUCUUGCUACUUAUAUGUACGUGUGCUUAUAUCCGAUCCCUGGCACCCAGCAUCCUGGACAGAAAUAAAACUGGACUAUUGGGAAUAUUUUGGAAGUGUGCUCGAAUUGGUGAACGCAAGAGUCCUUAUGUCGCCAUAUGCUGUAUAGUGAUGGCCUUCAGCAUCCUCUUCAUACAGUAGCUUUGGAAACUACCAGCAUGUGAUUGCCAUCAGACUGUAAACAAGGACUUGGCCUCCAGAAAAUAAUGGGAAGAAUGGUUAAGCUGUUUUUCUCUGAACAUGGAAUGAGAUAAAUUUCAAGAUGCUGUUCUCUAUUUUUAUGCUAUUGGACCAAUGAGCUGUAUGAAUAAUUAAGAUGUAACAGUUUAAUACACAGGAAUGUGAUUGUAGCCAUCAACCUCGGUUCUCUCACUCCAGUAUUACACUCUGCAAAUGUCAUUCUGUUCUGUCAGGACUGCUUUUCCUAAGGUUCUCGAGGAAUGAAGUAGAAACCCAGUGGCAAAUUCCACAGGCUUUGACUAAGGCUUCAAAAUAAUGUCUUCACAGAAUGAGACCUUUUAGUGACUGGCCUAUUUUUAUUGAGAAAAAAAAAAAAUUGUUCUAUUUUUGUUGCUGUUACUGUUCUUAUGGAUUGCAUUCAUAUUUAAACCCUUGUGAUUGCUAACCAGAGUACCUCUAUUGUUGGCAAAUUCUGUAAUUUAUUACAGGUGUUUAAAAUAUUUUAAACAAAACUCUGUAUUUCUUUAAUUAGCAUAAGAGUUGGGCUUCUAGUCACAAAACUAUAGCUGUCAUCCUAUGACAGAAGAGUAUCUUAGAAUGAAAAACAGCAAGUAGAAUGAUGAGCGAGUAAGUGUCAUGCCUUUUUUGUUCUCUGUAGUGUUAAGUCUUCCAAAUAGAUCAUCCACUGUAGUUACCCACAUGUGUAAUUUGUGGUAUUUGUAAAGCAGCACUUUAAAUCUAGUUCAUGUUCUGUCAGCUUGAACUGGAAUCUCCUUUGUAACUUUGUAGGUGAUGAACACAUAUCUGCUUAGACUGGGUACUAUGCUCUAAGUAUAUUUCAGCUUUGACACAGAGUGUGGAUAGACUUGAAUGAAGCAUACAUGUCAAAGGAUACAUACUAGUUUGUGUCAAACAUUUCUUCAGGUUCAGCUGAAAAUUAGUUACUAUUUCAAAGCAAAGAGGAAUUAAACCCUAGCUGAAAACACUACUAUACAUAGCAUUUAUAAUUACUGGGUUUGACUGCUUUUUUAAAACUUAAAAAGAAAAAAAGAACUUAAAAGUGAAGUUUCUAUAAAAAGAAAGCAUUGUACUCAAAGCCUUGUUUUAAAGCAGUAUAUCACUGUGUAGCCCAGCUAGCCACCAGAGCUAGCUAGACCACCAGCUUUGAAAGAGUGUCCUAAGCUGUACGGAUUACAGUCCAGUCUAGCAUCUAGGAAAACAUACUUGGUGGGUUUUAGGGGUUGCUUGUUUUUCAAAAAGAUCUUUGGAAUGUCUAUAGCUAGUUAAAACUGAUCUACUUUACUUUGAAUGGGAAAACAGGUUAUAAUUAUUCUACUCUGAACUUCACCUUGGACUUUGUAUUAGGUCAAGGAUUUUCACUGUGUCCCAAAAGUAGGACUCCCUUGUCAGCAUAUUUGUGCACAGUAAGUAGUCACCUUUCAGAGUUUGAUUUCUGGGUGGCCAUCUGUUCAUCAACUGAAUUUUCCAGAAAUGUUCUCGACUUUUUUCCUAAGUUAACACACAUCUCAUAUAAAAAUGGAGAGAAUAAAGAAUCUAAUCUAAUAUGUUCUCUUUAGUUUGACAUUUUAGACAAUAUAAGUGGAAAUCAGAGGAAGACAUAGUUAACUUGAAACAUCCAUGGUUACAUAAAACUUUUAUAUCUGUAGAUGUUGAGCAGGCCAGAAAGGUAUUUCCAGCCCCUACCAUCCUGAUUUUUUAAAUUACAGGCUCUUUGGGGUUGUAGGAAGGCUACAAAGAUAAAGAAUCUUAUAAAGAAAGGCAAUUGGCAUUUUUGAUGUGCAAGCAGUGACUCCUGUUUUCUAAGCCACAGGGUCCUGUGUGAGGUGUGAAGUCCAUAGAAUAUUUAGCUCUCUUUGUUAGUGGAAUGUGGAGGAGCAAUAAAGGACUCCAGGCAGCUGGCAUCUGCACAGACUGUAAACACACAGCUUAGUAGGCGAGGAGCACUAAGACCCAGGUUUGGCAAUAUCCAGAUGUUCUCUCUGGCUACCUUGUUGGCUCUAGAAUCUUGAAUCCAUGUCCCCAGAUUUGUUUUAUGUUGAUGUUUAGUUCUUGAUUAGCUUCAUCUGUGUCAUUGACAAUGUAGGGAGACACGUCUUCCAGGUAGUCUUGUAAGAUGAUCAAAAGGCUACUUGUCAAGUUGGUCUUAAUAGUUUUAAAAAGUUAAAAUUCCAAUCUUGUGUCUUGCUAAUACCUUUUCUACCUAUGCCGGAAACUACCAUAGAUGUUUCAAUUCAAAAUGUUUCCUGCUGGAGUUAGUAAGAAUAUUUAUAAAUUUAUAAUAAAUUUGUUCAUCUUCUUAAUAAAAUUAGUCUUGUACCACAGACUGACACAGAUUUCCAUAAAUUAACUUUUCCAAGUUUACAAAAUCAAACAAAUCUUUGCCUCCAUUUGUGAAAAUUAUUUAACACUUGUAAAUUUUUUUCAGGAAACAUUUACACAAUUGGUAUGGCAUGUGACCAUUGAAAGUAGAUGAGUAGUUUCUCUGUAUUCCUGAUGUACAUGAAAGAUGAAAUUAAUGUCUGUGAAGUGUAAUGUGCUAACACUUGUAAUUGAGAUAAUCCCAGAUUUCUAGAAAAAAAAUGAAGAGUUAUGAUUAAUUGUGGGUAGAACUUCUCAGACAGAGAUCAUAGCUUAAACUUAACUUGACAGUGUAUUUUUAAAAACACAGUUCUGUGUUAGGGAUUAUAUGUCCCUUAGUUUGUUGUGGCACUUGUGAAGUAUGACAUGGCCAUAAAGGUGGGCAGAUCUUAUAUCCUGGAAAGUCAUGUAUUUUACCUACCUCAAAAUUGAAGUUGAGAUUUUCCCUUCCUGCCUCACAAAUCCUUCAGGAGGAUAAUAAAAUCUCCCUUGGUUUAUGGGCGAGCAAAGUUGACAAAGGAAUACACUAGUAGAUUCUCCUGAGACUUUUGUAAACAUUGUAGAGGCAACUGGCCAGUCAAGGCUGUGCUUUCAGAAACUUGUAAAAUCCCAUAUUCUAGCUGCUAAAAGUAACCCCAGCUGUUAAAACAAACACCCGUCCCAAAAGUCCACUGUUUACAUUUCCUGGACAUACAGAAAAUAUUUCUACUUAUCAAGAAUUUAAGCUCCACAAAAGCCUUAGAAGUUACUUCAUCCCUGCAGUCUGAAAACUUGAAUGGAAAGUUCUUAGGGGCUGCUCUUCUCUUCCUUUGGUAUUAUUUUGUAAUAAUAAAUGUGCUCAAAAUGGUGCUAUCAGUCACCCUUGUUACAGGGAGUCGUAACUUAACUUCUGAGAAAUAACUUCAUAUCAUUUCUACUUUGCCCUAAACUAGUUCCUAAAUAAUCUGAAAGGCCAUUUUCAGUACCUUUUGAAUAAAGAACUAUAUAAUUCAUGUUUAAAAGAGUAGGUAAUUCUCCUAGUCUCUGGUUAGUUCAUAUGCCUGCUAUGUAAUAAAAAAAAAUAAACUGUCAAAAGCC